AUGGACAGGAGGGUUGCUGGGAAUCCGGCUGAUCUUGAAUUCAAGCACCGAAAGGGUGAGAUCGGCGAUAUCGGAGCUAGCGCUACCGCCUGUGGAGAUACCCAUGACUUGCCGAAAGAUGUAGCUGCUGAAACGCACAUAGGCUUCGCCGGCGACCGUGCGUAUUAUACUGCCGAUUUCCGAAGAAGAGUAGGUUGUACCGGAGCCAAAUCCUGUUGCAUGUUUAACAUAAUGAAUAGCCUUGGUGGUGAUAUGCAAAGUGUCGGCAUGGGCGUUUUGAAAGCAUAA